AUGGCAUCGAUUAAUCAUUUAGCUGAAGAAAUGAUCUUCCAGAUACUCUCAUGGCUCCCGGUACUUUCACUUUUCCAAUGCAAAUUAGUAUGCAGAUCAUGGAAUUCAAUCAUUUCAAGCCCUAAUUUUAUCCAAGCCCACCUUGCCAUUUCUCAGAAAAAACAACACCCCUUUUCAACACUCAGGGUUGUGUUGAGAAGUGAUGAAUCGCAAGAUUUCUUUAUGGACACUCUUGGCGAAAAUUCGGUUAAGCUCAGUCUCCCAAGGUAUAUAUCUGAUGUGCCACAGCUGCUUAUUGGUUCUUGUAAUGGUCUUGUUACUCUUGGUACUGGUGUUAAGUUAUAUAUUUGGAAUCCGUUGAUUAGGAUGGGUAAGUUGCUUCCCCGGGCUCAUUACUUGCAUCUUGAGAUCGUAAAUAAAAUUGGAUUUGGUUUUGAUUCUCUGAGCAGUGAUUAUAAGAUUCUUAGGGUUGUGUUUGGUAGAUUUAGUGACCUUUUCGAUGGUGAAGAGGAAGAGGGAAUUGUGGCAGAGUUGUACUCCUUUAAUGCGGAAUCCUGGAAAUCGAUUCAGGUUCCUAAAGAAAUGCAAGGUUUGAAGCUUGAUCCUAUGUCAAAAUGUGUUUGUGUUGAUAGUAGGGUACUGUGUGUCCGAGGUACGGAUGGAAUUCUGUCGUUUGAUUUGCAUGAUGAGGUCUUUAAAAUGCAUAAGUAUCCUGCCUCUGGUAAAAUAAUAUCGGAGGUCUUGGAUUUUGAAGGUUCAAUUGCUUUGAUCCUGAGAUCAGGGGAUCAGUGGGCAUCGGUGCUGACUGUGUGGGCGUUGGAUGAGGUUGAUGGAAACCUCUUGUGGGCUGAAAAGUUUAAUAUUAUAGAGCCGGCUAGAAAGAUAGCUUAUGUUCUUAUUUAUAUAGGGGAUGGAAAAUUUGUAGCACGAGAUUAUUCUCGUGCAGGCUUCUUUUAUGAUAUGAAUAAACGAACAUGUGUGGAAUUCAGAAGAUACAUAUCAGUAGUUCAAUUCCGUGGGAGCCUUCUGUCACUUCAAGGCUUUGGACGACUAGAGUAA